AUGGCUUCGUCUUUCGAGAGAUCCCAUCGCGAGUCAUGCGAGCCUUUGUUGAACGACAUGGACGACUCGAUUGGUUACAGUACUCAAAAUGAUGUUCCGCCACACAAUGCUGAGGCGGAUGCCCAGAAAGCCAACUUCAUAAAAGAGAAUCUUAGAAAAUAUGAACAGUUGUUUGGUGCAGAUGAGGAUGCUUUUGGUCAGCCAACGACCACGAGAAAGGAGCUGUGGUCAUACUAUCUCUACUACAAUGGUGACAAUGGAGUCGGUCCUGGAUCAUAUUCUCAAGCUCUCUUUCAAUCCGCUCUGACCGGUGCUGGCCACGAUCCAGAUAUCCAUCCCAUUCAGAAAGGUAAUUGCGGCAACGCGGGAUGUGUUAUCCCAUGGGGUUCAGGGACCCGAUCUGUGGCAAGCGUGGUACUCAUUGCGAACGGGAUUUGCUUUGCGGUCAUGACUGUGAUGUUUGUUGGAUUGGGAUCUGCUGCAGAUUACGGCACCUUUGGAAGAUGGCUGCUCCUCGUUCUCACUCUCAUUUGUUGGAUUUUCCAAUACGGCAUGAUGGCAAUCAGGCAUCCAGAGCAGUGGCCAGCUGCUAUGGUUAUCUACAUCAUAGCUUACAUUGCAUAUGGUGCCACUCUGGUGUUCUACGCCGCACUGUUCCCGCGGCUUGCUCGAUAUCAGCCACAUGUACGGAAGGCAAGAGAUGAGGAUCUGAAAGGGGGUAAAAUAAGUCAAGCCGAAUACGACAAGAUCGAAAGUUUGGAGCGAAACCAUGUCAGCAGUAUUUCCACGGCCCAUUCGAAUAUCGGCUACCUUCUGACACUGGUGAUCAAUCUUUCCGUGCUUCUCCCGCUUCAAGGUAAUCCUUCCGGCAACAAACUUGCUUUGUGCCUGACCAAUACUUACUGGGUCGUGCUUGGAAUUUGGUGGUUCCUUUUCCAACAACCUCGUCCCGGGCCCAAAAUCCCCAAAGGAAGUAACUAUGCAACAAUUGGCUGGAAACAGGUCUGGCUUGCUCUGCAAGAAAUCAGACAUCUCCCUCAGACCUUUAUCUACCUCGUGGCUUUCUUCCUCUUGGCAGACGGUCUAAACACAACCGGCUCCUUGGUCGGAAUUAUCCAAAACAACAUCGUGCAAUUUUUCUUCCUGGAGAUCACAUAUUUGGGUAUUGCUCAGGCUGCCACCUCUAUCGCAUCAACUUUCGGAUUCUGGUACAUACAGAAAUACUUCGAGAUCAAGACGAAGCAUAUGUUCAUGGUCACUAAUUUCUUCAGCGUGUUUAUCCCGUUCUAUGGUAUGCUGGGUCUCUGGACAAAGACGGUUGGAUAUCACCACGUGCGCGAUUUCUGGAUCUAUAAUAUUCUUUUUGGUUUGUUCCAAGCCCCCUACUAUGCCUAUGCUCAGACCAUGAUGUCUGAGGUGACACCUCGUGGAUACGAGAACAUGUUCUUCGGUCUCUUUGGUAUCACCAACCGUGCCUCGAGCAUUAUCGGACCAAAUGUGGUGCAAGCGAUCAUCAACUCUUCCAACAACAAUUGGAUGGGCUUCCCAUUCCUCUUCACAUUAUGCGCAGCAGCUAGUAUAGUCAUCUUGUUUGUAGAUGUUGAGAAAGGGCGCGAGAACUGCAGAAAUAUGUUGAGGAGAGGAAAUUGCUUCGGGUAG